AUGGAUCACGAAAAAGCUACGGAAACCGCUGAAGAUCAAUCAGCCAAAACCAAUAACGCAUUCGCGUCUUCGACAAGUACCGUAAACGGUAGCACGGAUACUCGAGGAUUAGACAGAAGUUCCACAUCUUCAGAUAAUUUAGAACCUCGUCUCUCUGUCAGCGAUAUACGGGCUCUCUUCGAAAAUACACCUUCAGAGGGAUUAAGAGAGGAAAAUGCGCAACGAGAGAGGAGAGGUGCCGAUUCGCCAAAUGUGCAAAAUUCGCCGGUUUUGCCUGAUUCUGCAAACAAUAAACCGUAA